AUGUCAAGCAACAACCUCAGAAUCCUUCUCGUUGGCAAAGGUGCUCGCGAGCACAGCUUGGCCUGGAAAUUGGCGCAAAGCCCGUCAGUGGAACAUAUAUACGUUGUCCCUGGAAAUGGAGGCACCGCAGGGAUGGAAAAGGUCACCAAUGUGACUAUGGCUGCUGAAGAUGACUUUCCAAGCCUGGUGAACUUCGCUAAGGAAUAUGGUGUUGGUCUGGUAGUAGCUGGUCCUGAUGACGCUGUUGUAAACGGGAUAGCUGGUUACUUUGAAGACGCUGCUAUACCUUGCUUUGCACCGAGCAAGAAAGCUGCCGAAAUUGAAGGCUCCAAGGCAUACUCUAAGGCGUUUAUGGAGAAAUAUAACAUCUCGACAGCGAGCUAUAAGACAUUUGACAAUUACGAUGAUGCAAAAGCAUACCUCGAGUCAGUUGACUGCUCACAUAUCGUAUUGAAGGUUGAUGGUCUUGCAGCUGGCAAGGGUGUCGUACUUCCAACGAAUGAAGGCGAAGCCCAUGAAGCGCUAAGAUUAAUGAUGAUCGAGUCCAAAUUUGGAUCUUCUGGGCAAUCCGUGGUGAUCGAAGAGCUCCUCGAUGGAGACGAAAUCAGCAUUCUCACUUUUGCUGAUGGAACUGGGGCAUUCAAGUCGCUCCCACCAGGCCAGGACCAUAAACGAAUUCUUGAAGGAAACAAGGGACCCAAUACUGGCGGAAUGGGGGUUUACGCCCCUCUGGACUUUUUGACGUCUGAUGACCUGCGAAUAAUUGAUCAAGAUAUCAUCAAGCCUACACUCGAUGGACUUCGAGCCGAAGGUAUAGCCCCCGCUAUGCGUAUCUCACACAUUCUGACACUUUUAACAGGUCGCCCGUUUGCUGGUAUGCUCUUCACUGGGGUGAUGAUGACAAGUAAGGGUCUUAAGGUUCUGGAGUAUAAUGCUCGGUUCGGAGAUCCCGAGACGCAGACCAUGAUGAUGCUUCUCGCCCCGGAAUGUGACCUUGCUGCGAUUCUCAUGGCCUGUUCCACAAAGAAGCUUCAAGCUGUGGCAGAUAGUAUUUCUGUUCGCCCGGGGUUUGCCUGCAAUGUUGUGGUCGCAGCAGGUGGCUACCCUGAAUCAUACCAUAAAGGUGAUGGCAUCUUUAUCGGAGAGUGUCCUUCAGGUUUGUUUACUCAGGGCCUCUUAAACCGUUCGACACUUACACUAUUCCUAGGGAUCGAAAUAUUUCAUGCAGGAACUGAGAGAACCGCGAAUGGUGAGCUUGUUACAUCCGGCGGCAGGGUACUGAGCGUUGCGGCGCAUGGUCCAACCCUGGAGAAGGCGGUGUCUCUCGCAUAUGAGGGCGUCAAACAUAUCCAAUUCAAGGACAAGACAUAUAGAAAAGACAUUGCUGCCCGGCUGCUGACACGACUGGUUUGCGUCCAGAUGUUUAUGAGUGUUCCCUGGAAAAACACACCCUCUGACGAAGCCUUCUCCCACGAUGAGUUGGUCUGGGACCCUUGA